UCACUAUAAAACUGUGACGCAACGUUGCCAACAACAAACGCAGAAGAAACUGGCAUAACUUUGGUACACCGGCAGUUGUCACGCAUUUACGCAGUGGGAUCAGUUUUUAAUUUGCAAUCAUGAUUCCCGAAGAAAGCUUUGCUUCCAUCGAGAACAAGAUGCAGUCUGUAGGUCUGGCUCUGGAGGAGUUGCUGGUAACUGCUCAGAAACAAGGCUGCCUCACUGUUGGCAUUUAUGAAUCAGCCAAGCUUCUUAAUGUAGAUCCAGACAGCGUGGUGCUAUGCGUGCUGGCAGCCGACGAUGAAAACGAUGUGGCGCUGCAGAUCCACUUCACGUUGCUACAGUCCUUCUGCUGCGACAGCGGCAUCACCAUCUUGCGAGUCUCUGGGUUUCAGCGACUCCAGCGGCUGCUGGGAGCUGUGGAUGCCAACAGGAACCAGGAAGAGCACAGAGACCUUAACUGCAUGCUGGUUACGAAUCCUCAGGCAGAGCACUGCAGACUGCAGGAAGUGGGGACCUACUGCCAGGAGAGUCGGCGCCUUGACCAGUGGGUGCCUGAACUAGUCCUGCAGGAACGCUGAAGGGUCUGCAUACAGGAACUUUUGUGGCCAGAUACUGAUACACUGAAGGAUCUUUACGCUUAAGCAGGGAUGACCUGGAGUGUAGCUACUCCAGUCCACUAUCCUUAAUGACCAGCAAAACCAUGGAUUCCCACUCAAAGACUAGUGAAACAGCUGGACUGGACACUGGUUUCUAAAAUCUGUACUUGUGCAUAAGAUACAGAGAGAAAAGUCACAAUGUUUUUACAAUGCCAUUAAAACACAAUCUGUUUUGUGCUGCUCUCUGGGUGCUCACAAUGUUUAUGGGGUGUGACAUAGUAAACAUUAAGAGGAGUAGUAGUUUUGAAAGGAACACAUCCACACCCAGCUUAUACCUGGACGUCUUGUUUGUUUGACUGGACAGGAAUGUUGCAGUGCUGAAACUGUACCAGACAUUCCUGGGAGAGUCCCAGGAAAGGAGAGGAGAGGUGUGUGUUUGUAUGUGUGGUAUGUCUAUGUGUGGUAUGCAUUUACAAUACUUGUAUUUUUCUGUAGAAAAGACUGGGUGUGCAGUGUGUGCAUUCUUAAAAUGAGCAGCUGAAAGCUGCUGGGGAAUUGUCACCAUGGAAACUGAAAUGGAAAUAAUGUUAAAGACACACAGGACCUAUUGACACUGGAAGAAACAAAAGAAAAAACAAUGUAAA